UGACCAUUGACACGCGGUCAUUUCAGAAGAUUGCAGUUUAAGAUCGACAUGUGUUAGAACUCUGUUGUUCGUCGGCUAAAAGAUAUUUAGUGUUGGUCUUGCGUUGUUUUCUAUAUUACAUAAGUGUGUGAGUCUUCAUAUAUGAAGAUUACUAGAUUCUUUGCUUAAUUGCUCAAUUGAGGUUGAUAUGCACUUCAUAGAAACUUGGACAAGUAUCGUGGGACAAUCAAGAACUGGAUGUAACCCCAAGAAUGCAACAUAAGUCAGCAUAAUCUCUCCGGCAGCAAUGCAGCAGUUCACAUCAGCAUCUCACUGUGGCAUAGUGCUCUAGGACCUCUACAAAUGUACCAUCAAACAGAAAUGAAAGAUACCAGUGCUUUUACUACAACAAGGCACAGAAAGAAAAGAUUGCGAAAUUCCUCAGGUACGUUGACGUACUGGAAGUAAGUUCCAGGAGGCGACGAGUGGAUCGCAGGAACUGUCUUCAGCGCCGCCAACAGCGACUGCAAGAAGGACACGUGAUGUUUGUCUUUUCCCACACCAGGAUAACUCGGCCGUUGCAGUAUCAGACGCUUAAGGUAUCAAGAGUUAUAUGCGCAGUACGCUGGUGAAUUCUGAGAGCUGAUGUGAAGUGAUAAACAUAAAUGUGUGUGAACAAAUUUUAAAAUGUGAAAAUAUUCUAUGACUGUACUUUAAAACCCAUACUCUUUUUUGAAAUUAUGAUUUUCUACAUACCACCAGUUCCUUGUGCCAUCCUUAGUGCACUGCGAUAAAGACACAGCCAAACCCAUUGUGGAGUGGGAGAUAAAACUCAAUGUUCUGUGUCAGUGCCCUGGUCGCGGUAUUGGCGGAAGUCAGCGGCAAUGCCGGUAGUUUGGACUGGUCCGUUUCGGGCGCCGUGGACCCAAACACAACCUUUAUACCAGUGAUGUCAUCAUCACCAUCAUCAUCUCCUUCUGUCACCAUGGGGGUUGGUGAUGACACGGAUGUCACAAAAUUACACGCGGGAUCUGACGAUUGGCCUAACGAGCCACACAACGUUUCGUUUCUUCCGGCGUUAUUUGUGUCUUACUGUGCAGAGUGGAAACCGGUCAAUCACGUGUAUUUCCAACUGGCGAACACUUUCUUCUUCUUGUCUUACCUUGCCCCAAAUGGCAUGUAUGGGAUUUUAUACCUGAGGUGUACACUUCUUGUGGGCUGUGCGUUUUUUGCCCUGUGGGGAUGGGCUGUGUUAUGCUGUUUCGAUGCCUUCCUGUGGAAUGCUACUUUUGUGGGCAUAAAUUUCAUACACGUGUGUAUUCUUCUGUACUACCUGCGGCCUGUUAAGUUCACGAGAGAGGUGGAGGAGGUGUACCUGGCGCUGUUUCAGCCCCUGAAAGUGACUCGUCAUCAGUUCAAGAAAGUGCUCAAUUGUAUGAAGAUGAUAAGGCAGCUUAAGUACCAGGAGGUUUACGCUCAGGAAAAGGCCACCAAAGUGGACAGCCUGUCCCUCGUUCUUUCUGGGAAAUUAGUGGUGUCACAGAACGGGCGGGCUCUUCAUAUUGUAUUUCCUCACCAGUUCCUGGACUCGCCAGAGUGGUUUGGGGUGUCUACAGAUGAAUAUUUUCAGGUGAGCGAAACCAUGGCUGCAAGUAACAACGGCCAUCUUCCCAAUAGUCUUGAUGAUGGGGAGGACAAACCCAUGUUGAUUGUUAAGAAGACGGGGGAUGGUCCCGGGAUCACAGCUUUAAUUAACCGACAGCUUCAAGAUGAAGCACAUAUCUGUGAACAUGAUCCCUUGUUACACACAGGACAAAGACAUACACCUCAUGGUAAUCGAGUUUUAAACAUUAUCACAACUUCAAGCUAUUCAUCUAAUUCAAGAACAAGUACUGUAUAAAAUGAAUGAUAAAACAAAAUUUUGAAGCAGCUGAUCCAAAUGCCUGGCGUCUUGGACGAAUAGAAGAAGGCGACCAUGAAACGCCAGUAUGAAACGAGAGUUUAAUACCCGUAACUUUCAAUGAUGUGUGAAACACGUGGACCACUGAGUGUUCGUGAAUGUGUGCCUGUGCGUAUGUGUGUGUGUUAGAACCGAGACAAUCUACGUAAAAACUAAAUUUGAAUAUAAUACUCAAGGUGACUAUUCUUCAUCUCUUCCAUACAUCACAUUCGUUACAGAAGUCCACAUUUACUUAUUAUCAUUUUCAUAUUACGUUAAUAAUGUUUCUAAAUACGUUUUAUUUUUGUUUGCACGCUCUGUUUAAAAAUGAUGGUAUUAAAUGUUUAAACACUGCAUGGGAGAUUAUAUGGGAUUGGGAAGAUGCAUAUUUCUGCCCCCCCUUAACUUGUUUGCAUGUCGUGCGUUAUUUUCAAGAUACUCGUGUCAUGUCAGAGCUGGUUGUACUACGAUUUGAUGAAGUACCAACAUUACAUUUAGCCAUAAGAAUGCUUUGAAAGGAUACUUUAUUUUAUUUAGUUUGUACUCUUGGUUGUUUACAAUCUCUUAAUCAUCCCAUUCAGUCCUGUAGGUGAAGCAACUAGAUUAUGACACCGACCACUGGCCUGUGGUGCUUACACUUACCUCAAGGCAUUUACCUUCAUUCCCUCUAUACACCUUAGCCUUUAUCAGCCGUGUGCCAUGGCUUAGUGUUAGUCUGGCCAGCAGAACAAUAAUACUGGGGUUUGAAUUCCCUAAUCCUGUACGAUAAAAGUUAAUGAUGUAGUAUUCAAGACACAGGAUAAAUGUUACCUUUAAUUCAGAUUGAAUUUUGGAUUUACAUAAAAUAUAGGCUGCAUAUUUAAAAAUUUUGACAAUGUUAAGAAAUUGAUAUUGAAAUGCCUUAUCUUUCAUCAAACAAGUACGGCCAGCUCGUAACACGCGAAAAAGGCGAUCACAGUUUUAUAUUAAUAGAAAAUUAAUGUUGUGAAAUGAUUUCUGUGUAAUUGAAGUCUCAGCAUGUCUGCUGAAGUGAGGAUUAUAAUUUGUGUGAUUUGUAAUUGGUGAAACUGACACUGCUGACGUCGGCUAGUUUUGGUUGAGCUACAAAGUGUGUAACAGAUUGUUGAGAUAUUUAUUGUUUGUGUUUGUUUUGCUUAUGGAGCUAAUGUAAUACGUUUAACAUGGACCUGUGAACUAUGGGGUUGAAGUAUGUUGCUAGUAGCUGUUCGCAAUCAACCCCAUGAUUGAUUAGUAGGAUUGUUGACAAGUACAUACUAUCAAAUGUUGAUUAGUUUUUUUGCGAAGUACAUCUGUAGUAGCUAGACUUGUGAAUGGGUAGCUAAAAACAGAAGAAAAGUAUGGGGUAGACGUUAAAACUGGCGUAAUUCCCGCUGGUUUCCGAUUUAUCACGUUAUUCCUCUUCAAGACGUGAACAGGCAGCUGGUAAUGAAUCGGAAUGUGGUUAGUGAACGUUGCGAUAUGCACAGGUACGAUAGUGAUGGAUGUAGUUUUGCUGAAAACAACCAACAGAUCUGAGAAAACUGAACUGAAAGUUAAGUGAAAAUUCCUAAGUCGAUGUAAAAUUCAUGUUUUUUGUUGUGGUUUGGUUUAUCUCGUUACAUAUAAAAAUACCCCUACUGACAGUGUAACUGUUAGUUUAAUUGCUGUAUUUUUAAGUCAAAUAGUGAAAUGUGUUUUGGGUCUUCAGUGCAUAACUUUGUCCAGUUACAAUUUAGUGCAGGGUACAGGAACAAGUGGACAGAGUUGCUAACACAAAGAAUAGUUUUUAAUUUAAAAAUUUACUUAUUGCAGCCUUCUUGAACCCUUUAAAACUGAGUGGUAACUGCAUUUACCAGCCUGUUUAACAAUCUGUAACUGAGCAUUUUGCCCACGGACUAUUUGUGUGUUUCGUAUGAUUCUCAGAAUUAUCAUCAGUGAUUAUUUCUGUAAGCAGCGUUCACCAGUUGAUCUUUGUAGUGGACAUGAAAUGUGUUUUUUUUUUCAAGGUAGAAACUUAAUUUUUUAAAUAUUAUUUAGAUGAGCUCCAGCCUCAGUGUGUUACAGGUUUAAUAAAUUGUGACAUCCCUAAUCAUCUCUCAUGACAGGACCAAGGUUCAGUUCAUGGAUCUGUAAUACACAGCUGCUGUAUCCAUUUUAUGCACAUGUAUUCUGCAUACAGUCAUUUUUAAUAAUUAUUAUUUAUAUGUAGCGAAGGAUGUAUUUCCUGUCAAAACUAGUCAGAGAAUGAGGUGGAAUUUGUAACUAGUUAACUUGUAGCCUUUCAUUUCCAUUUUUGUUAUGUUGCCCUAUUUCAGAAAAAAAAACACUAGACUCCUGUGGUCCUAUAAUUGCUUUCAUGUACACUGGUCUGGGGGUAUGACACUAGCUACUAGCCUCAACUUUUAUCGUAUAGAAAUAGAUAAUUUAAAUUCCCGUAUUAUAGGGCUGCCUGACAGACUUUCAUUUUGGGGGUUUAAUGGUUUAGCAAUAUGCUGCAGUGAAGCACGGUCAGCUGGACCACACAGAGGACACGACAUGUUGCUGAUAAAGGUUAAGCAAAUUUAGGGCACUUAUGAAACAACGUGGUCAUGUGAUAAAAUGAUGAUGACAAGAUGAAAACUUUGGCAUAGGUGGUAGGUAAUAUUAUUAAAGUGGGAUGAGGAUUGGAUUAAUUUUGCUGAGGAUAGGGACCUGUUCCAGAUUCUUGUGAAGACAGUUUUUAAGUUUCAGUAAUAGCUCUGGUCAUGUUCGGUGUCUUCCAAAAUUCACGGACAUCCCACAGCCAUAAGUCAGUGAUCACAGGGCAGUCAAAUGUUUUUUUCAUAGAGGGGAAUAAUGUUUAACAUUGUUUAUAAAAUUUAGUGAAAGUUGGAAAACAAAAUAGAUACAAAAUAAGUAAUGGUUCCAGUAAACAUAUCCAUUAUAUUAUAUCCUUUCGGAUGGUAGAUAUAAUUUAGAUACUAAUGAAGGCAAGUUUUGUUAGAUUGAUAUGUUUAUGUAAGGUAUUAUGCAAGGUGCCUUGAAUAUUGAGCUGUUACGUAUGGAAGGCGGCAGUUAUUGUUGAAAUAAUGUAUAGGUGUACUCAUUGGUCAAAUUGGGAUAUAUCAUUACGUUGCAUGUAGUUUGAAAAUGUAAAUUUAUGAUAAACAAUGUUACAUGAUGGCAGCUAAAAUUAUAAACUAAACACUUGUUAAUUUCUUUCUAAACCAUUCAGUGUCAACUCUGUGUACACAUUUGGGUGAUGUAUAGUGUUUGUUUUCAUUCUGCCAUCUGUCGUGCAACCAAUUAUUUCUCUUUGCAGUUGCUCUCCUCUGUGUAGCUGUGAUGAACAAGAGCUUAUCAGCAAAUGGUCUAUUUACUUUUGUCAUGACUAUACAGGAAUGUGAUCUAUUGGAUUAUAACACUGAAAAGGUUAAGACUGAGUGUAUUAAUGGAAGGAAGUCUGCUUAAAGAAGUUAAAUUCCAGCCAGAACAAAAUUAUUCAGUCAAUAACAAUCUUGUGUUGCAUGUUGACGACGUUGAAGCAGUGGUCAGGAGGAAUUGUCACUACAUAAUUUCAGAAAACUGGGUCAUGGCAGUAUAACCAUUGCAUCUGGUGUGGAGGAAACACCAUUACUGGUGUACAGGUUAGAUUAAUUUUAAAUGUAGUUACAUUUUGUUUUUUAAGAAUGAGUUAAUGUAUUUACAGUAAUGAAUAGCUGGUGCAGCUGAACGGACUGUACAUCCACCAGUCAAAGAAUCAAUCUUUCAAAGAAACUGUUUAUUUUGUGCUAAAAAAUAGUCUGAAUGGUUUCCUCAGUUAUAAAUGUUAUUCUGUAACUAUUUUUAUUUAUAUUUGUUUAUGAAAUGCUCAGAAGUCAUCACAGGACACAGGGGAAUGUUUAAUCAGACUUCGUGUGAGUGAAGGAGUAUAACUUUUUGGCAAUUUGUUAUUUCUUGACAAAUAUCCAUUUUUACAAAUAAUCUUAAAAGUGAAUCUCAUUCUAAGAAGCAGUUUGUUACAUAUUUCUGAUUGUAAAUCCCACGGAUCAGUCUGUCUUCUGUUCUGUUGUAUUUGAGCGUUGCUGUCAAGAACUGCGUAAGUAUGAAAUGAAGGAAGAAAUUAAGAAUGCUUUACUUGCCUAGUUUAGUUGUGUAGUAUAGAUGCUAUUGAUACCAUUCUCAUUUUGAACAAAGCCAGCAUGGAAGCGCAAAAAGGAGAAAUAUAAUAUGAUUACAUUUUAAAUUCAUGUACGUAAUGCCACGAACAUUAGAGAGUUAUCAUAGAUCAUUUGAAUAUUAUCCUCCUGUCAAUAUCUUGGUCUUGCGGGCAUGGUCCAUCUGUGAGGUUUCCAAACUGAAAUCUGGUGUGUGUUUCCUGUACUUGCGUUAGCACAUUUGUGACUCUUGAAUUUAAAAGUCUGACAGUACGGUAACGAAGACAGGAAAGAAAUAUAUGACGUUGCAAACCAUGCUGGUUUAUAAAAAUUUUCUGAGUAAUGCUACAGAUAUUCUUCUGGGUUUUAACCUGUUCACUGCUUGCAUGAGUGUGAUCCGACAUGCUAGGUGCAUAUGUUGACAUGUCAUGUUCCUUUAUUGCAGUUUUACACAGUUCAGCGGAAGUCUCUGCCUUCUGUAAUAACUACUACAAAACUGUGUAGUUGCGGAUAAUAGAUUGCUUCACUAACCACACACAAGCUGUUCUAAUGAUUUCAGUAGACAUGUGGACAUAUCAUUCUUAAAUGUGACGAUGUUCUCUCUCUCUCUGAAAAGAUGAGAAAAAUAAUUUUAUUGUAGUACUGAUGGGAACAAAACUGUGAAGGAACUUGGUCUUCAUUUUGAUACAUUUUUAUGUAGCAUUCAUUAACCACUUCAGCUCCUAGGCCAGCAUUGAAUGGGUUAAUAUUGGUUUUAAUGCCAGUAUUUUUUGUUUAAUGUGGCGUAAGUUUGUUAAUAUACGCUGGAAUAAUUUAUAAGACCCUAACUGAACAUGCUGUCUUUGUGUAACUCCUUUAUUCAGUGUUUAAAUAGUCAUGCGUGUUGUAUGUUCAGAUACAAUAUGGCCCCCAAUUUGAUCACUUAUCAUAUAUAGAUUGGUAUUUAUAAACACUGAUAUUUGUUAA